AUGGGCGACGACACUGGCCCAUCCUCCGAGGCCACCCCGCUGUUGCGAGAAAAUUCCAGCUACCAAAGCACGCAAUAUCACAGCGUUACCCGCCAUACACACGAUGUGGAAAGCAGCUCCUCCACCACAGAAGUCGAAGAUGAUUCGUUUUUCCCCAUCUUAUCUCGAGUCCAAUCCACUUCCCAGAUCCUGGAUAUCGAACCGCCUUUGGACAGAAUCCCAUCUAUUCAUUCUGUGAAGAAAAGCAAUGCCUCUAUCGGCGGCGGUAGCAUCGAAGAAGAAGAUGACAGCUAUGCUGCCCGAUUCAUUAAUGUCUCCCCCACUCGCUUCUGGUUGAUUUUCAGCGGUGUCAUGCUCGGCUACGUGAUUGGGUUCUUCGAUUCGACUUUAAUGGCGUCAAGUCACCCGGUUAUCACGUCCUAUUUCCAUGCCGCAAAUGCGGCUUCUUGGCUGUCGACCGCUUUUCUACUCACCUCGACGGCAUUCAUGCCUCUUUUUGGACGCGUCUCGGAUACACUAGGCCGUAAGCCGGUCUAUCUUUUUUCCAUUGCCAUAUUCUUCUUUACUACUGCAUGGUGCGGUCUCGCUCAAAGCAUUGGCAGCUUUAUCGCUGCUCGCGCCCUCUGCGGUCUUGGUGCUGGUGGUGUAUUCUCUAUGGGUCAGAUUCUUUCUAGUGAUCUUGUUCGCAUCGAGUAUCGUGGUGUCUACCAAUCGUACAUUAAUCUGUGCUUGGGCACAGGUAGUUGCUUGGGCCUCGCAUUUGGCGGGUUUCUUUGCGACAAAAUUGGCUGGCGUAAUGCAUUCCUGAUCCAGCUGCCGUUUAUUUUUGUCUAUUUCAUCACUUCCGCACUUACGAUUCCAGCAGACAUUGGAUUGAAGCAGACAGGAUCCGAUCGAAAGACCUUAUUACAGGUACUGCGCACCAUCGAUCUAACUGGCUCUUUGUUCCUCGUUCUGUCUGUCACUGCUUUGAUCAUGGGACUGAACCUGGGGGGAAAUGUCUUCCCUUGGGAACAUCCAGUAGUCAUUGGCUCGUUAGUGGUAUCCGUUGUCUUGGCCAUCGUUCUUGUCCGAUAUGAGCGAAAUGUGGCUCUCCCUGUCCUUCCGACAGAGUUGCUUUCGAAAGAUCCUCGGGCCAGCAUAAUUUUUGGCAACUUCUUUGGUGCAAUGUCCGUCAACACCAUGAUGUUCAACGCACCGUUGUACUUCCAAGCCGUCAAGCUAGCCAGCCCUACGGAUUCGGGAUUCCGACUAGUGGCUGCCUCAAUUGCCGUGACUAUCUCCAGUGUUGGCACCGGAUUCUUGAUUACCUGGUCGCGGCGUAUGAAGCCAACUAUUCUCAUUGGUGGCUUCUGUAUGCUGCUGGGCGGAGUUCUAGCUGGCUUGAUGAAUGUCAACACAUCCCAAGCACUUGCCAUGAUCUGUGUUUCUUUCAGUAGCCUCGGGCAGGGAUUCUCGUUUCCCAGUCUCAUGGUCUCGAUUCUCGCUACUAGCGAUCAUGCUGACCAGGCAGUGGCGACCACGACUCUGGGACUGGCGCGUAACCUUGGCUCCGUGCUGGGUGUCUCGAUCAGUAGCUGGAUCUUCCAGAAUGUUUUGUUUUACGAGCUCGAACGUCAGGUUACCGGAGUACACAAGAGGGAUAUAAUUGGUCUUGUCCGCAAAUCCAUCCGCAGUAUCGGUGACUUGGAUCAGGUGCAUCGGCAGCAAGUGAUUGGAUCAUAUGCUUUGGCCCUUCGUGUCACCUUUUUUUCUGCUGCAAUCUGGGGUGCGGUCAUGUUGUUGAUGCACCUCCGACUUCGAUUGCCGCGGUUGGGACGCAAGGCAUAA